AUGGCGAACUGGGAACCUAGCACUAUGUCCUGUAAACAAAAACCUCACUUACAGCCGUGCCCAGACUUCACCGGCUCCGAACAGGCCGCUCUUCUAAGAUACAGAGCGUUUACUUCUAUACGUUAUUCCCUGGCUUUCUUAUGGAACCAGGGACUGAGCUUACAAGUUGUAAUCGUUGUGACUCUUCUAAUGAUGUUUCUCUCGGUUUUGUUAUUGACAGUCAGUAUUUUAACCAACGGCUCUCCACAUUUACUUCACUUUUUGCUUGCAAAUGUUGGACUAGAGCUGGAGGACAGCGUCGGUGUGUACGGGAAUCAGAACAAACUAAAUCGCUAUUCUGAUAGACCUCAUCAUGUGGAGGGUGUGUUUUAUGACGAUGAGAGGAAGGUAAAGGAGGAGGACGAUGAUUCUUCUGGUGUGUUAGCAAAUAAUUGCAGGUCACCAAAUCCAAAACAGGACUCGUUUUAUGAUACAUCACUCAGUGUGCGGUAUAAACAGAGAUUUACAACUAGUAAAGAUGUCACCAGGGAAGCCGUGGCUGCAAUGAACAUUGCCCUUGAUUUACAAAAUCAGGGCAAGGCAGAGAAGGCCAUGAAAGUGUUCCAACAUGCUGUGGCUCUGGAUCCAUCCCAUGCUGACAUCCUCACGGCAUUUGGGGAGUUUCUGGAGUGGCAUGUCAAAGACAUUGUGAAAGCAGAUCACCUGUACCACAUCGCACUGGAGCACAGCCCCGAACACACUCGCGCCCUAGAGAACCGCCAGAGAACAGGACCCAUUGUUGAAGAAAUCGACCAGGCUCGUUUUAAUAGGGUUGAUCAAAAGCGAGCACUUUUGCACAAGAUUCCUAACAGUCAUCCAGCUUUGCGAAGAGCUAAGAAAGAGGCAUAUUUUGCACACAUAUAUCAUACGAAUGCUAUCGAGGGAAACACUCUGACUCUUGCACAGACGCGCUCAAUUGUGGAGACGAGGAUAGCAGUUGGUGGCAAGAGCUUACAAGAACAGAACGAAGUGUUGGGGUUGGAUUCUGCACUUAGUUAUAUUAACAGUACUCUGGUUGGUCGAGUUGGACGUUUGACCCUGCAGGACAUCCUUGACAUUCACACCAGAGUUCUAGGAUAUGUAGACCCGACAGAAGCCGGACGAUUUCGUACCACACAGGUUUUUGUGGGGGAUUUUACACCACCUGCUGCCCAAGAGCUGAAAGAUCACAUGGAUCAGCUCGUCGAAUGGCUGAACUCUGAGGAAGCCCUGGCACUUCAUCCAAUAGAAUUUGCUGCUUUGGCUCAUUACAGACUCGUAGCCAUCCACCCAUUUUAUGAUGGGAAUGGACGGACAUCUAGACUGCUGAUGAAUCUGAUCCUAAUGCAGGCGGGCUUUCCUCCUGUUUCCAUUGAAAUUGAUGAUCGAUUGACUUACUAUGAAACCUUACAGCUGGCCAAUGACGGCGAUAUACGCCCGUUUAUUCGUUUUAUUGCCAAGUGUGCAGAAAGAACACUGGAUGAAUAUUUGUCAGUCACUUCGGAAGAGUCUGAAGUCAUCUUGCCUUCCUACGUGCGCAGAAAGUUUAACUGA